AUGAAGUCUCGAAAUCUCUACUCCCUUCGCGAGGAUCUAAACAAGGCAGCGGUUGCUGUAAUCUGGAUGCCCCUCUUCUUCUGGAUACCCAUCGGCUGCGCGUUCUUCCGCUUGAACGGCCUGCCUCCCAAGUUCUCCCUUCAGGUCACCGACGCCACGAGUCCCGAAGCUCCCCAGACGGCGGUUCCGGCCGACCCCGUCUCCAGCAGCACCGCCUUCAACGUCACCCUGCAUGCCGUCAACCGGCGCCCCGGGGACAGGUGCUACCGCCACGGCGAGGCGGCUGUGCUCUACUCCGGCCUCACCGUCGCGUGGGGCCGCACGCCGCGCUUCUGCGUGGGCGCGAUGGAUGCACGGGACGUGACCGUCGUGGCGUGGGCCGACGACGGCGUCGAGCUGCCUACGUUGCUCAGAGACAAGAUGGCGGCGGAGCGGCGUGCCGGCUCGGUGGAGCUCGAGGUCGAUGUGCGGCUGUUCCGGGGCGACGACGGCUCGGCCAGACCCACGUGGAUGCGGUGCAAGGUGACGACGGGUGGGCCGAAGCCGCCGGACGGGGUUCCAUGCACCGUGUUCGCUCAGAAGAACUGGGCCUCGGAUAUCGGCCCGUAUUGGAUGCAGACGCUUAUGGCCUCUGGGUGUAGUCGGCUCGAAACGAUUGUGCAUGAUUUAUUCAAUCAGUUUGGUUGA